AUGGCACUCGCCUUGUUCGUAAAGGAAGAAGGUUGGGUCGAUUUGUCAGACACAAAUUCUGGCUCUAGGGUGUUUCUCUUUGCAGCAAUCUUUUUGAUUUACUUGCUACUCUUCGGCCUCAACAUGCAUUUUGCUGAUUUCCCUUGCGAGGUUGGGUUUUUGGAAUCAGUUGAGUAUCUUGUUGAACCUAAGGAAGUCAUGAACUUCACACUGUUUUCACUAGAGUUCAUUGACCAAGAGGAAGAGGGAAUACCUUCCCGUAGACCCCCUGGAUUCUCAAGCACUGGAUUUGAUAUAGAUGCGAAGGACAAGGCAUACAAGAACGAGUGUAAGAUUGCAGUAUCUUGCAUUUUUGGAAGCUCUGACUUUCUUAGGAGGCCUACAAGCAAAAAGGACUGUGAGCGCAGAGCACUACUAAAGCUAUUCUGGCAUAGGGAAGAGCCAUCUCCUCCAGGACCUCCACCACCUGUUACUUGA